AUGGUUGCUACGCUGUUUGACGACCGCUGCCAGGAGCUGCGUUCUCCUGGCUUCCUCAACCUGACAAUCUCCAUCAUCAUUCUUGUCGGCCUUCUUGUCUCCUACCUCCCUCAGCACUAUCGAAUCGUCGCCAGAGGUACUUCGGAGGGCAUUUCGCCCUGGUUCGUCCUCCUCGGAACAACCUCAGCCACCGCGGGCUUUGCCAACAUCCUGACCGUCCCACCGUCCCGCCGAGAUAUCCAGUGCUGCAGCGAGCUAGGAACUUUCGAAUGUGCUGCUGGUCUCUUGGGAAUCGCUCAGCUUGGCGUGCAAUGGAUCUCCUUCGCUCUGAUCCUCGUCCUCUUCCUCGUAUACUUCCGCUACGAGGAUGCCAAUGUCCCCGAUGAGGAGCUGGCCGACGACCCCCCUUCCAAGGGCACCGCCAUCAUGGUCGGCUCCGUGUGCCUGAUCCACGGACUACUGGUCAUCAUCCUUACUGGUGUCUUCAGCAUGGCUCUCCGCGACCACCUCGACUUUUGGGCAAACUUUCUCGGGGUCAUGGCCGGUGCCCUUGCGGGAAUCCAAUAUGUCCCCCAGAUCUGGACGACCUACCAUAUCAAGCACGUUGGCAGUCUGAGCAUUCCCAUGAUGUGCAUUCAAACCCCUGGUGGCUUCCUCUUCGCCGGCAGCCUGUUCGCAAGGUUGGGCUGGGAGGGCUGGAGCACUUGGGGCGUCUUCGUCCUGACCGCGCUCAUGCAGGGCGUUCUUCUUGCCAUGGCCAUCUACUAUGAAUUCCAGGAGCAUCAUGCCGAGCCGCCGCAAUCCCCACGCACCUCGGUCGACGAGCCCAGACGGCCAAACCCCAUCAGAACCUACUCCGAAGGCUGGGAACAGGGUCUGCCUGGUCCCUACACGGCCCAUCCCGAAAGGUACGCUGAUACAGAAGAAGAGCUAGAGCACUUGCAAGAUAGAGAAGAGAGGCAGGUUGAGAGAGAGACGAGGCCUCUCUUGCGCCCGGGCGGCAUCGGAGACCCGCGCAAAAACUACAACACCACGCAUGAUGACUAA